AUGGUGGAAUCGUCUUCCCUCUCCUUACAAUGUCUGAUCUCAGCGACUGCAUUAAUGGAGAGCCGAGAAAUCGCAAACUCGAUGGUGGUUAAUAACGUUGGAGUUACUGUNGGUUACAUUGGAGCUUGUGUUGUCUUUGGCUUAUCUGGUUUGACAUCAGAUCAGUCCAUUAGAAAAGGAGAAGUCCAUACACUAAUCACGAAACUAGCAUAG